AUGCCACUGUUCAAAAAGGUAUGUCCUGCUCGGUCACAAUGCUUACGAUUUGAAGCGGGACGGCGUCUCACGCAUGAUCGCAUUCGCUCUUUUCUGUGCUAGUCUUCAAGCAACAAGAUCCCACCUCCUCCCGAGGUGGACCCCGUGAAUGGGCCGUUUAAAGGUGGAUACUAUGGCGCACCGCCAGGCUCUACUGGAGGAGCUGCGGGUGGUGCUGGAUAUCGAGGAGGUCCCCCUCAAGCUGGCGGACCGGGUGCACCUGCAGGCCGGUAUGGUGGACCUCAGCCUGGUGGAUACGGAGGAGCAGCAGGCUACAAUCAGGGCGGUGCAGGCGCAGCAGGGUACGGUAGAGACGCCUAUGCCCCACCUCAGGACAGAUUCGCAGGUGCACGUGCACCCAGCUCUAAUCUUGGCUCAGACUUUGACCGCAUGUACGGCUCGAAUCGCAAUCAAGCGUACUCUGGAGCAAGAAGUGGAGCAGGACGAGAUGAUGCGAGCGAGUUGGAAGCUGAGUAUGGCGCUGGUUCGGGUGGAUAUCAGCAACAAGAGUAUCAGGAAGAAGCUCGACAGAGAACUGCUGAAGAGGAGGAAGAGGAAGAAGUGGAAGCGGUCAAGCAACAGAUGAGAUUCACAAAGCAGGAAUCUCUCAGCUCGACGAGGAACGCACUCAGGAUUGCACGCGAGGCAGAAGAGACUGCUUCGGGGACCAUUUUGCGACUCGGACAGCAGAGCGGUGAGUAACAAUACUGGAAGGGCGAAUUGCAGGAGGUGACUGCCAAGCGUGGCUUUGCGAUGUGGCUAAUUCGAAUGUUGUGCCAGACCAAAUUGCCAACACGGAGCGCCAUCUCGACAUGGCCAAGGCUCACUCUUCCAGAGCAGACGACAAUGCCAAAGAGAUGAUGCGCCUCAACCGCUCCAUUUUCAGGCCCAAUGUUGGCUUCAACAAGGAAGCCAAGCGAAAUGCCGAAGAAGCUCGCAUCCUGAACAGGCACAUUGAAGAGCGAGAAGAACGCGAGGCGACGCGUGCCGAAGCGUUGCGCGCACAGAAUCGCAUGGAUCAAUCUCUGGGCGGUCCGGGUUCUGGCAGAUUUGGCAAAUUCGCCGCGGACAGAUUCGGGGGUGGAAAGAGCGCUGCGUCCAGGGAAGAAGAGGCCAAGAAAAACAAGUUGGCUCAACGGAGCAGGUACCAGUUCGAAGCUACGGGUAGCGAUGACGAGCUGGAGGAUGAGCUUGACAAUAAUUUGGACGAGAUUGGUCAGCUUUCUGGAAGAUUGAACCAGCUCGGUCGUGCGAUGGGAACGGAAAUCGAUGAUCAGAACUCGCGCAUUCGUAGACUGGGCGAUAAGACUAGCGCGCUCGACACCAAGGUCUUCAACAGUGAGUUUUUUGUUUCGGAAUUUGCAACCUGUCUCUCGAGCUCUAUAAAAGGUGCAUUGCUGAUCACUCUUUUACGCUGCAUGCUCUGCUUUGUUUGUUAUCAGGCACCCAGCGUCUCGAUCGCAUCAAGUGA